GUUUACAGGCUGCUCCUCCACGCAGAUAGCGGGACCCUGAACGCACCUGGACGCUGUCGAACAAGAACCGAACCGUUCGGUUGAUCCGUUUCCCUCCAACAACAUUUAAAUAUCUGUUUGAAAACCACGACCUGCCGUUUACAACUUGUUUAAAAUAAACGGUUCGCGGUUCACUUCUGAGCGGCACUCUGCCGUGAUGCUCGGGCUUAGCUAGCUAACGUUAGCCGGGGAGCUCUUCCAACUGCUCGGGGGCGGGAGAGGAAAGUAGCGGAGCCCGUGGUCGUUCUUCCAGCCAGUGUAGAGGGUGAAUAAAUCGUGUUGAACAUGGAGAAAAGUAACCGUCUUGUAGAACUGUUCCACUAUCUACAAGACCCCCACCUUGUAGCCCGUUUUCAGCGUAUUUGCGGGGUCCGCGGGACGUUUUCAAGAACCGUCUGCGCUGAUAGCAGCAGCGGCAGCAGCAAGGAGGAAGACCGGGCUCACUCGCACGACAACGGGGCUUGCCAGCAUCACAUCGCCGUGGGGAAAGAGGGCGAAAACUUCGGAGCUGGAGAAGGGGAGAAAGUCGGGACGACAGGAGCGGGUGUUCGGAAGAGGAUUACCGAGCCUAACCGCGGGGAGGAAAGUGAAAACCCUCCGCAGAACGGAGCGGUUGUGUCCGCUGCCGCCGCCGGGGGAGAGACUGUUGGUGCGGGGAGUAACGGUCGCAGCAUCGCCGGGGUCACCGCCGCUGGUUCGGACGCUUACAGCGAGGCUGGACCGGACUUUUUAGGGUCAACCGAGUCCGAGGAGAGGGAAACGGAGAAGGGCAAUAAAGUCCCGGGACCCCCGGGAAGAAGCAAGCUGAAACCCCUCCGCAAGAACUCUCUAACGGGGGACGCAGGGCAGGAGUUCCUCAUAGAGAACCGGUUCUUGUACUACCUGUUCACUCUCGGAACCGAGCUGGGCAACGAGCUCUUCUACAUCACCUUUUUCCCCUUCGUCGUGUGGAACGUGGACGCCUUCGUGGGCAGGAGGCUGAUCAUGGUGUGGGUCUGGGUCAUGUACCUGGGGCAGUGCACUAAGGACGUGAUCGGGUGGUCCCGGCCCGCUUCACCACCUGUGGUCAAGGUGGAGAUGUUCUACAACUCGGAGUACAGCAUGCCGUCCACACACGCCAUGUCGGGCACGGCCAUCCCCAUCUCCCUGUUCUUCAUGACCUACGGCCGGUGGGAGUACCCGUUCACACUGGGCGUCAGCUUGGCCCUCUGCUGGUGUCUCCUGGUCUGUCUCAGCCGGAUCUACAUGGGAAUGCACUCGGUCCUGGAUGUCAUAGUCGGCGUCCUGUACAGCGCCCUGAUCCUGCUGUUCUUCCUGCCGGCGUUGGACCUGAUCGACGGCUUCAACCUGACCUGCCGCUACGCCCCGCUCAUCAUCGUCUCCCUGCACCUGGGCCUGGGCCUAUUCUCUUUCACCCUGGACACCUGGAGCACCUCGCGGGGCGACACCGCUCAGAUCCUGGGCGUAGGUGCCGGCAUCGCCCUGGCCUCCCACGUCAACCACUACCUUGGUCUGUUGCCCGACCCGACACCGGACCAGCUCCCCUUCGCCGUGCCCGUUUUUAGCGCCGGCCUGGUGGGCAUGGCCAUCCUGCGGCUCUUCCUGGGCGUGCUAGUGCUGAUGACCACACGGGCGCUGAUGAAGGCCAUCACCAUCCCGCUGGUGUGCAGGGUGUUCAGGGUGCCCAGCACGGAUGUGAGGAAGGCGAGGCAGCACAUGGAGGUGGAGUUGCCCUACCGCUACAUCGUUUACGGCGCCGUGGGCUUCAACGUGCUCUGCCUGGUCCCUCUGCUCUUCAGCUACAUGUAGUACUCCUGUUUGGAUGUCAGUUCUCUUCCUGGUCAACAGCGAAGUGACCCCCCCAGAUCCCAUCCAGAACCCCCUUUUCUUAGUCUGGGUUGGGACUAACGGGAAUAAAAGCCUAAACUCUGA